UUGGGGGAAAAGGAGCGCUCGUGCUCGGUCAGGCUCAUGCACCAUCUAUAGAUAAACAUAUAAUAUAUAUAUAUGUAUAUAAAUAUAUAAACAUCUAUAUAUCCAUGGACGUGAACUAGGGAGCGGAGUUAUUUUUAUUUUUUAUUUCUUUUUUCUUUAUUUGUUUUGGAUAUUUGCUGAACGCAGUGAUUUAUCAUGGCUGAGAUGGAGAGUCUGAGCCCUACAUAUGAGGUGUCCCCAGUAUUGGCGGGAUUUCUUGGUGCAGGGGUUUUGGUCGUCACGGUGACGGUGGCCAUCUUCCUAUGGACUUGCUGUCAGCGUCAGUAUCGCAGGAUGACGUUUAAGUUGAGCAACGGCCCGUUUGAUUCGCCCACUGACCCGCCGUUAAAGUUCAUCCACAUGCUUAAGGGCAUCAGCAUCUACCCUGAAACCCUCAGCAACGCCAACAAGAUCAUAAGAGUAGGCCGGAGGUCAUCGUCAUGGCAACGGAAUCACGACUCUGACAUUGAGGGUCAUGCGCAUUUGCAGAUGAACCACCUGGUACCACCAAAGCUGGAGCGAGCGCUGCCAAUCCGGGCAAAUUACUGCUGCUCUGAAAGCAGCGGCUGCGACUCGGCAAGUAAGACCCCGACUCCGUUCAUCCUCGAGUCGCCCUCGUUAGGCACCCUAGACCUCGCCAUUGACUACAACUUUCCCAAAAAGGCAUUGGUGGUGACAAUUGUAGGUGCGCGAGGUCUCCCGGCUGUUAACGAGCAGACGGGAAGCUCAGAUCCAUACGUGAAGAUGAGCAUCCUGCCUGAGAAGAAACACCAUGUAAAGACCCGUGUGAUGAGGAAGACCCUGGAGCCGUCGUUUGACGAGACGUUCACCUUCUACGGUGUUUCCUUCAGCGCACUGGCUGACCUUACACUGCACUUCCUGGUGCUGAGCUUCGACCGAUUUGCCCGCGAUGACGUGAUCGGAGAGGCGUUGGUGUCGCUGUCGGGUGUCGAGCUUAGCGCAGGGAAAGUACACAUCAGCCAGCAGAUCACCAAGAGGAACGUACAGUGUGGGAGACGUGGUGAGCUGCUGGUGUCUCUGUCCUACCAUCCUGCCACACACAGACUGAACGUGGUGGUGCUCAAAGCCAAACAUCUUCCUACCAUGGACAUCACCAGCCUGCCAGGCAACCCGUACGUGAAGGUCAACGUGUUUUACGGCCGCAGACGCAUCGCCAAAAAGAAGACUCACGUGAAGAAGUGCACGCUGGAGCCGGUCUUUAACGAGUCAUUUGUGUACGACGUUCCCACCGAGCUCAUGGCCGACAUCUCUGUCGAGUUCCUGCUCAUCGACUUCGACCGCACCACCAAGAACGCCGUAAUGGGCCGUCUGGUGCUGGGCGGUCAGAGCCCCACGCCGUCUGGUGUCACACACUGGAGGGAAGUGUGCGACAAUCCGCGGCGGCAGAUCGCCAAGUGGCACAACCUGUCUGAGUUCUAACCUCAGCGUCCUUCUGUCCCUUCACCGUAAACCUAGAAACCUGUCUGUUUCCCUUCGCUCCUGUAGGUGUAUCCCAACCUGAAUACGCGUGUGUGUGUGUGCGUGUGUGUGUGCGUGUGUGUGCGUGCGCGUGUCCUGGCUUGGACGCUGCAUUUACACAAAGUACGAUUUUACUUGAGCGACUCCUGCGCUUCAUUCAGACGGAGGCCCUAUUUUUCCUCUGAACUCUUGUCUCCUAUUUGUUAGACCUGAGGACCGCCGGCUCACACGUUUUGGACAAUUAAAGAAAAACGCAGACUAACCCCACCUACCUGACACAAUAGUCCUGUUCGCACCGUAACCUGCGAUCAGACGCCAUUCGGAAUAAAUCCUACCAUCUAAAAGCGUAACAUUAGCACACAGCCUUCUUUGGUGAGGAUUUCGAAUAAUCUUUAAAAAGAAAAGUCUGUUCCUGACUGUAUUCGCUUACCGAGGAGGAGGAAGAAGACGAGGAAGAAGCUACACUUUUUAGGAGUGUGUUCGAGAUCGACACAAAGUCUCAAGACUGUCCACGGCUUUAUUUCGUUCUUUAGCUGAUAAGAAACCUUUAAGUCACUGUUAUAAUGAUGAAAAGAUCUGUAAGCAGGAGUCUGACUCUGGUUUAUUAAUGUUUAUGUUUUUUUCUUUUCUUUUCUGUUUUUUUUUCUUUUCUUCUUCGCCUUAAAUCCUGAUGAGAGUUUUAUUGUUUAUUUUUGAACAAUUCCUUCACUGACACCAUGGCAACAAUGAGGUUGUAAAUAAUCCUUGUGAAUAAUUCACAACCGAUGAUGAAGCUCCAUUAAAUCAAAAGAUCGAUCGUGGCCGAAACACAUAGUGGGCGUGGCUUCUAGAGGAGAUUUAAACACAGUACGACUUUAGGGCCUUUUUACACCCGGUCACUUCGUGUGUUGUCUCUGAUCCGAUAGCUUUCUGAUUUGUUAAAUCUGUUCCGUUUACAUUAGGCCACAUAAAUGCGUCUCGGCGAUUCGGAUAUCGAUCCGAUCUUUCUACUCCCGCCCAAAAUGCAAAUAUAUUUGACCUCAUUUCCGGGGUAAUUGAAACGGAACAUGCUUUGGUGUAUGCGGUUUUCAGAACGAAAUCAAAAAGAAGACGUAAAAACUUGUUAUGACGGUUAUGCUACAAAAAACAGCAUUUGUUUCUGGCGUGAUGCACGACUCGUGAGUCACCUGCGAGUGACGUCCUUCUGUUUGGGAGGAGUUUAGCGCUGACGUAUGUGUCUUGAACAACCACAUUCAUUUACACCUGUCCAGUUUCAUCUGAAACGCGUCCCAGACCACCUCCUGAAGGGGUUUGUACCAUCGGAUUUAUAUCCGUCUGGAAAACGUUUCGGGGGGCAUUUAGACCUGGUCUUUUUACCAUCGGAUAGCUAUCUGAUCACAGAAAACACAUGAAGUGACCAGGUGUAAAAAGCCCCUUAGAGUCAAAGCUAAACUUGAACUUAAUGCGCACGUCAAGCACCGCACUCUUUACAGAAAGACGUUAGCACAAUGUAAAAGAGUGUGUGUGUGUGUGUCUGUGUGUGUGUGAGGUACAUGAGGUACAGUAGAGCGAGGUAGAACCAAACCUCUUCAGUCUCUGUUGAUCACAGAGUCAUCCUAUGCUCAUUUAUAUCAAUAUGGCUUUAUUUUCAGAUCAUGGAUGGAGUGGUUUAAUGUUUAACAUGUUUGCAUUGACUCCUUUCUGUAUUUUUAGAUGUUUUGGGUAGAAACGCUAAUCAAGGCAGCCGCGUAAAAGUGACCUGAAAGCCUGCUCACUUUGAUAAGACUAAAUAAACCUUGAUUCCUAUGUGACUAACUGGCCCGACCCUUUGCCGUGCAGGAGGACUAAGUGUGUGUGGGUCUAAUUUGCAUGCUCAUGAAUAUUUAUGGUUCCUGACAUUUUUUUAAUGACAGUAAAGGUGUACAGAUGUUCCCAGGCCAUUGUAGUCGUUCCUUGGCCAUUUAAUAAUCUGCACAUCUUCACUGACACAUGAAUACGGAUCAAUAUAAAAGAUAUUAAAGAGUUAAAAAGAAUUUCUAGUCUGAGAGAAAAACAUGUAAAAGUGUGCAAUCUUUUCCAGUUAGUCUUGUUGUACAUAGAUGGGUUUUAUCCUCCGAAGUUCAUUUCUCUUUUCUCUGUAGUCCGCAUUCAUAGCGACCCCGUGUGUAUUUUUAAACGAACGCGUUGCUUCUUUGCCUGCGUUUCCUCUUCUAACAAAUGAUGUACAGAGUGUAUGAUAAGAAGCUCUCGCUUUUCUCUAAGCUAAAGGCAUCGUUCUUAUCUUCCAGACGCUGAAUAUCUCUCUAGGCUCAACUGAAAGUCGUUUUAUUAGGGUUUAAUGCACAGAUGAAGCCCUUCCUGGAUGAAAAAGAAGAAAAAAGUAAAAAAUAUGCAGAUAAUUGCACUUUAGGUUUAGGAUUUUUUUUUGUAAUUGUAGAAAAGAAAAGACUAUAUAUAAAUAUAUAAAUAUAUAUAAAGAACCAAAUAGCUGUGAUGAUCAAAUUGAUGUCCCGUGCGAAAGAAAUCAAGAGAAUAAUAUAAAGUUAGACUGCAUUUAAUAUAAUGCUCAAAAACUCAUCCAGGGCUCUGAUUGGUGGAAAAGUUAGAGGAAGUUGAUCAUUUUGCUGUAACGUCGUUCACGUCCUGGACUCUUGUUACUACGGCAACUUGUACGGCAACAUAAACACAUUAUUUCGUAGUUUUUAUCCGUUUUUAGUUACAUCCAGCUGCAACAAAAGCAUUGUUUCAUCUCCACAACACUGUCUGAUGUUAGAGAGAAACCAAAAAGGAAAUAAAAUCCUUCGGUACGAACAGUUAAACUUCAUCUUCUGUCGUUUCGCUCUGCUACAGUAAAACCUGAUCCUUUCUUCAUGCUUCUUUUUUAUAGCGCUCAGACUUUUGUGACAUGGGGUCAUCUGACUGUCCGAUAAACGGGGAAAGAAAUCUUUAAAUAUGAUCUUAGUAGAUCAUUUCAAUAUCACACACUCUUCUCUGGAUGACUGAAACCCUUUAGACAUAUGACCGAGUGACACACACAAACACACACACACAAACACACACACACACAAACACACACACACACACACACUUGCUUAUUUAGUCAUCGUUUCCUAGGAACAUCUCAGGUGUGUUUAGGAGCAGCACUGAACUACACCACUAAUGUUCACACCGUGAUCUGAAUUCGAAUCCAGGGUCGUUGGUCUGGAUACGGUCUCGCUCGAUUCUUGUCGAAGCCCGGGGCAUUUUCAUUCUGAAUUAUCACAAAAACACAUGCAUGGCGAACACAACUGUAUCGAAUCAAGGUAUUUUUUUUGUUUUUGUAUCAUUUUGGUGCUAUUAUGCGCAGUAAAGUGCGUCACCUCACAUACUGUGUGUCCCACAGCGUUCCCAUGACUCUCAUGUCACAGUGUGUGGAAACACAACAUGAUGUCAUGAUGUCAUCGGAUAAAACACACACACACAAAUACUUUACUUCCGGAAUGAGAGCGGAGUUGUGUUUACGUUCACGGGAAUCGCAGCACAGUUCCAGCGCAGCUGAACUCCCACCACCUCCUAAAGGAAGUCUAGGGUUUGGUCUCGCGCUGCGCUUCGUGCUCCGCUUCGUGCUCCAUGUGACAGCUUCACAUCACUAAUAUUAUAUGCGAACUGUGAUCUGUUUCAGAUUAAACUAGUAACAUCCAGUACACCGUUGUAUUAUAUCAUUUACCACAGUAUCACUGACAUUAUUAUUAUUAUUAUUAUUAUUAUUAUUAUUACAGGAUUAGGAGCUCAAUAAAAAACUAUCAAUUUCCCCUUUAAAGACUUUCUCUCCUUCCUCCUUACUCAACCUCAUCAAUGAAGAUGAAUAGAAUUGUUUCUCUUCAAGGCUAUAAAGGGUUUCAGUCGUUCGGAUCGUUUCAGACGCCUCGUAUUCGCUCUAAAAGCUUCUUCGGACCUUCGUUAACGUCGCAUAACGGUCCAUUCAAAUGAUGACGCUAGUACAGGACCCACGAUGCACUAUUACUGCUACAACAAUGAACGUUUUCUUACACACAUGUAUAUGAUGUACUUUACUCCACACACUGCAUGCAGGAAAGAAAUAAGAGGGAAAGUAAAAUCCUAAAGAUCGUAAAUAGUAAUAUAAUAUAUGCUGUAAUAUUCCGUGCUCCUCUAUCUCAUCUCUGCUUUAGUGUAGGUUGGUGUACAGUAGCCUCAAUUAUAGCAAGGUUUUGAUAAAGAAAAAUAAAAACAAAAAAAAACCAGACAAAAUUAAACAAAAUACUUGUGUCCUUUUCUCUUUUCCAUUCAAUGAACAAAGCAACCCACAUGAAGAGAAAAUAAUAAUGCAAACGAAAACUUAUACACUUUCUAUAUUUUUGCCUUUUUGUGCGUUCUUGAUUCUUGAUACAAAGUUUGUUUAUAUGUGUAUAAAUAAAUAUAAGCGGUUGUAAAGUAUCGUUUGUCUUCAUGCACUAUUCCGGCAGUAGCACUUUCUGCCUUUUUGUUUUUAUUUAUUUUUUUAUUUAUCUUUUCUUCUUGCCCUGCAACUUUCUUUCUUUUCCUCUCCAAACUCCAACCUCGAAGGUCUUUACUGUCGUGUGUUGUACAAUAAAUUAAGACGCAAAGCAAAAUUUCAUCCCGAAUUCCAAGAUGCAAAGUUUUAUGUGGAGAUUGAAAAAAACCCCAAACGCUUCUGAUGACACCUGAUGUGCAUAACGCUGUAAUAAAUCUAUGCUAAACCUGUUACACUAAUGCUGAUGUGUACUGUAUGGUGAACUGGUUAACACAAUGAACGUGCAAAUAAAAGCUAAACUGAU